AUAAAGCGUGAUUGAGAAAUUAAGAAACUAUGACAACUAUGAGACAAGAAUCCAAGACAUACUCCUAUCUACUACUAAUAUGGGACUCGUCCUUUCUGCACCCCACUAAAUUGAUUUUUGCAACCACGUGUACUUUAAUAGAAAUAUAGAGGCGGAUUAAAUUGGUACCUAAGCCUAAAAAAAUUAGUCUCCCUAAGCUUUUGUUUGUUGCUGAAAGAGGUGAACUUUGCAGUUUGUUUCUCAUUUAAAAUCAAACAAAUAAUACGAUGUCAACCGUAGAAAAUGACCAGAUCAUAGACGAAUCGAAUAGUUCAGAAGAAGAUGAUUUAGAGAAGCUUCUACUCCCUGAUGUUGAGAAUUUUCCCCUCAUUCCUCCUUCUGCCAUUGAAACCAAUUUCGUCACUUAUUUCGCUCUAGAUUUUACCAAGCCUGCUCACGAUCAAUACAUUUACCGCCACGCUAAUGGGUUGUGUGUUAUUGGCUUGGCUCCUUCACACAUUGCUUUUAAGGAUGAAGGUGGAAUCACAUCCGUAGAUUUCAAUGUUGGAAAGUCUGAUCGAACCGCUGUCAAGGUCUCUGGAAAGCGGAAGAAGAAUGCGCAACACUUUGAGUCCAAUACAGCAUUAUGUAAAGUUUCUACCAAAAAUGAUUCUUAUAUUGUGAGGUGUUGUGUCAAAGGUUCCCUUUUGGAAGUGAAUCAACAAUUAAUCAAGCACCCAGAACUGCUUAAUGGUUCGGCUGACAGAGAAGGAUACAUUGCUAUUAUGAUGCCAAAACCAGCUGACUGGCUUAAGGUCAAAGCUUCUUUUGUUAGCCUUCAGGAGUACAAAAAAGUGAGGGAAGUCAGUUGUGAUAUAAAGCAUGAGGUGCCUUGUGAUGACACUUUAAAAGAGCCACUGUAAGAAGCACGAUGCUACAUUGAAGUGAUUGCAUGAUUUCCCCUUAGGACGCUUCGUUUACUAGUGCCUAGUGAGAUCCCAAAUGCUACAAACUGCAUGAAUUUGAGAAUUUUUUGGUGCAGCUGUGUGCCCUGUGGAAUCGGUGCAUGUCAAGUAGCCAUGUCAUAUUAAAAUAAUGAAAAUCUCAAACUCAUGAGCAACUAAGAAUCUGGUGACAUUGGAGUUUCUGGGAAACCAUUCUUUAGGAUUUUAUUUUUUAUUUGUUUGUUGUAUUUCAUUAUUCAUACUUGAAUCUUUUGAACAAUUCAAGUAAUAGAUGAUGAACUUCUGGUUAUUUUCUCAGCCUUUCUAACUAAUCAAAGCUAAACAUAUUUUUGUCCUGCUGUUUCUUA